AUGGCGGAGAAGAGAAGCAACCUAUUCCAGAUAGUUAAAGAAGGUUUUACAGAUGGUUCUAAUUAUGACAAAUACAGACCAGACUACACACCGGAAACAACGUCAGAGAUUAUACGCAUGCUCAGUGCUGAAAGUGGGUCCAAUGGAGAUGGAAACUGUGAUAUUCUUGAACUAGGAGCAGGAACGGGAAAACUAACAAGACACAUACAGAAAGCGUUACCGCCGGAAAUGAAAUUUGUGGCUACCGAACCAAUGGCAGAAUUUCUAUCGACACUGCGUGAACAAUGUCCAGGAGUGGAAACUACCCAGUGCUCAGCAGACUCUAUACCGUUUCCAGAUAAUUCUAUACAAGGCAUUGUGGCUGCUCAGUGUUUCCAUUGGUUUGCUAAUGAGGCUUCGAUGAGGGAAAUCACGAGAGUUUUAAAACCCAACGGAAGCCUUAUUUUGGUGUGGAACAUUCCAGACACCAGUGUUGACUGGGUGGAUGCUGUCACUAAAAAGGCAUUGACGUUCUACAGUGAUGACGAACCACAGUAUGUCAGGUUUUGGUGGAAAGACGCCAUAGACGCAUACUCUGGACUGAGGCUUGAAACAAGGAAGCAGUUGGGCUACCCCUCUGCUGAGUACACGAUGGAGGACAUGAAAACCUUCUAUUCAACAUUAUCUGCGUUUGCCCGGAUGUCAGACGAAAAUAAAGAACAAGCCCUCGAUGAGUUAAUGAAAAUCGUGAAUUCUCAUCCCUCAACAGCCGGAAAAAACACCAUUAUAUACCCAAGGGUAGUAGAUCUGCUUCAGUACGUAAAACGGUGA